UAUAAAUGUAAUACUAUAUUUACUUUUGUCAAUCUGAGGUAAUCUGUAAAUGCAAUGCUAAGUUUUAAUAGUUUUCUCAAUUAUGCGUACAUAGAAUGUUUAGAUAAAAAAUUGAUUUUUUUACAUCUCUUAAAAUAUAAGAUAUUUUUUUAACUCGUAUUGUGAAAAAUUCGAAUGAUACAACUGAAUCCUCAAGUGAGAAUAUUCAAGAUUAAAGUAUAAUUUAGGCGUUUUAAAAUAUUCUAAAGAUAGUGAUAUUUUUGCUUCAGUUGAAGGAUGGAAUAAUUAAUAUUACAAAACGUUUACUUGUAUGUAUGUGUGUAAAUAAAAUAAUUGUAAUACACACAUAUAUCCUCGUAUAAAUAGAACUCGCUUAUAAUGAACCAAAGGUGAAUACUGCCUCUAUGUUUAAAGUUACUAUUAAUAUUUAUCAUUUUUGCUAUCAUAAAUAUUUAACCUAAAUCAACUGAAAAUAGCUAGUUGCAAACAUUUAUUUACACUGCUUAUUAAAUAAUAAUAACAAUUUAUAACGCAAAAGAUUUUAUCAAAUUUCUAAUAUCAGUAUUAGCGUGUAUUUUAUUCCAUCCUGUUAGUUUUAGAUUAUUAGUCUUUCUAGAAUUAUAUUUAUUAACAAUAUCCAUAAAUGCUAUAAAUUUUUUUUUAAUUUUUGGAGUUUUUAAAUGUAAAAGGUAAUGGGUGUGGGCAAUAUUUUUGAACACUUUAUUAUUUGCAAGAUUUUAUUAUACAAGUUUGUUACAAUUUUAUUACACAAAUAGAUUGUUAAUAAAAAGUUAAUGUUUAUAAUGUCAAUGACAGUGUCAGUUUCUUAACGCUGUUAUUCAUAUUACUAUAUUUUUAUAUUCUUACUAUAUGACGUUACAAAAUUUAUAGUGGAAAUACAUUUUAACGAUUUAUCUUUGUGAUUUUAUCUCAACUGUAUAGGAAACCGUUUUCUGAUUACAAUUCUCAGGAUUUUCUCUCAUAUGUACGUACAAACUUUGGGUAGCUUAUAGAAUUCAUACAUAUGAAUUACAAAUAUCAAGUAUAAUAUAAAACAUAAAAUUUCUGUAUUUAAUAAUAAAUGAGUUAUACAUAUAUGCAUUUUGGCAUAUACAUCAGGAUUAAAAGGUAACGAAAUUCAUGAUAGAAAUAUGUAAUAAAAAAAAUAAUUAUGUUUGAAAUACAUAUUGUAAUCCUGUUUUGAAAUUUUUUAAUCGUCUGAUAAAUAAUUCGAUAUCGAGUAUCAGGAUACGUUAUGAAACGCUAUAGGUUAAUAUUUAUCACUCGUAAAUUGAUACUUCCUUCUUCUUGUUUUCCUGAGAGCGCCUGUGGCGAUCUUCUCACUGCACCACUGCUUUAUGAUGUCAGAAGCGAAACGGGCUAUACGGGUUUUCCCUUUCACUGUACAUUAGCAUAAGUUGUUCUUUUUUCAUACCACGAUUCAAGCUAAAUGAUAUAAAUUGAUAAUCUAACAAAAAAUUCUAACGGAAAUUUUGUCCGUUAAUUAAUAAUUUGUCCGUUAAACAGCUUCAAACUCCGUUCAGCUGGUAGUUUACAUCGGAAAUAGAAGACCAAUAAUUGAGUUGUGCGUCAGAAUAAAUCGAUAAUUUCUCAUAUCAUUAUUUAUGUUGACUAAUAUAAACUGAUGAGAUAUAUUUUAAGAACAUUUUUCGAUUUGUGAACUAAAAUUAAAUGAAACUGUUUUUCCCAGGAAAUGUUGAAUUGCAAAUCUACUUAUAUUUAAUAUAACUAAAAAAGAUUUUUUGACAUAUAUUUUAUCAAUUUGUGUUAUUGAAAAACAGAUAAAAAUAAUUUUUAUUGUGAUGAAAAAAUCAAAACAGCCUGUUUUCGAAGGAUGAAGAAAAAACUUGAAGUUUAAACAUGUGUCGAUACACAUAUCUUAAUAUCAUCACGAAGAUCAUGAACUUGUUAAGAGCUAAUAUAGUUCUGGUAAAAAUAUUUUAAAUAGAAUAUUCUAUAUAUAUAAUGUGUUUCUUAAAGCAGUAAGAAAAUAAUCAAUUGAGUGAACUAAACAUUACUUUUAAAAAUUGUAAAUUUAUUCAAAACUAUAAACAGAUUAAUUUUUUUUUGAACGAUGCAAAACAUUAAUGAAAAAUCUGAAAAUUGACCGUAACUAUAUAAGACAACCAUUGUUGUAUAACCACUCAUCCGCAACAUAUUAAUAAUCCAGCGCGGAAAUUUGCCAUACAACUAGAUAAUAUUUUUGAAAAGGUUUUUUAAAUAUUUGUUUUUCUUAAUAUUACAAUUGAGAUCAAAAUUAAUAUUUAUUUAACGUUUAUUAAAUAUUUAUUUUUAUUUUACAUAAAUACUCGCUUUAAAAAAAUAUUUAGAAAAAAUAUUGUGAUAUAAUGUUUUUUAAGCAUUUUUGUAAAUAUAUUUUAUAUUUAUAUUAACCCUUAUGUGCACACCCAGCAUUUACCACGUUGUUACACACCCAGGGUACUUGGGUGCCCACCGCUAGUUUUUCUUAAUUCCUGAGUUGUAUGUGAACUUAAUCAUUUGAAAUCAAUUUACUUUAUUAAAUAAACAUCAAUAGAAACUAUCUACGCCAUUUUCAAAUCCCUCAACCCGUUACAGCUUUCAUGAAAAAAAUAGACGUAAGGUCUCCGAGCGAUGCGCAGGUAGCGCGCGGUUAGUUUUGACGAAAUGUCAAUUGAUAUCGAAGUUACUAGUCAAGAGAAGUUAAUAUCUAGAGCACAUACUCCAAAUAAAAUCGAUUAUUAUGUAGAUACAGUUGAAUCAAUAUCUACAGGUUUUUCAGCUGCAUACUUAUUCAUUAAACUUAACGCAGAUGUGUUCGUGCGUAGGUUAGUUGUGUUGAAACCUGUUCUAUUAUUUUAUGUCGUAAAGCAAUUGACAAUUAGCAAUUAGUUAUUAUUUUACAAAGCAAAAGAUAUCACAUUAGGCAAAAUAAUUCACAGCGUACGAAUAGCGUCGCAACAGCAUAUUUUUUGUAAUGGAAAAUUAAUUCUUACAAUUUUUAUACAUUAUGCAAAACUAUUUCUCUAUGCAGUUAUAUCGGAAAUAAACAUAAAUUAAUUUAAAAACUGUUUGUUUUAUACAACAUUAAUAUUAAUAUUUUUCCCUUUCUUAAGAGAAAAAUAUUUUUCCCUUUCUUAAAAAAGGCGUGUCAACUGAGUGAAUUUCAUUCGUAUCGAUGUCUUGAGACUUCUUUUCCGCGACGCUGAUUGCACUGAAAAAAAGAGUCUUGUUGAAUUAACUGGAAUUGAACUAACUAUCCUACCAGAUUUCCAAUUAAUUCAACAAGAAUUUUCAACUAGAAUCUGAACCAUUAAUUCACAUGAACCAGAUUUCCAGUUAAUUCAACCAAAUUUUUUUUUCAGUGUGGUUUUCUCGCUUGCCUCGCUUCGCAUUGCGAGAGUAGCUGUCAGCGCGAUUAAAUUUUGAUAGCUGUGAAAUUUAAUUUUGACAGUCGCGUGACAGUUUGUGACAGUUUGUUAAAAAAGUUAAGAUUGUGGUUAUAGAAGAGAAAAAGAUUCAUUUUGGGAAAGAAGAUAAGAAACGAAAGAGAGAAACGAAUAAAGAAGAAAAAAGGAAGAAAAUUAGAUAAUAAAUUAAUAUAUGUACAUGUAUGUUUCAUACGACCAUACUGUCAUAUGUGCAUUCACUACGUUAAGCUUUACACAGUAGUUUUUUAAACAGCUAUUUUAUUAAUCUCAAUUAAUUACAUUUUUAGUAAUACUAACUUCAAAUAAAUUUUAAUUUUAUAUUUAUACAUUUUUUUUAUUUUUAAAGUAAUAAAAAACAUUAGUAAAUAGCUGAAUAAUAUAUAACAUUUCAGAGAAAUCUGAAUAUACCAUUAUAAAGUGUCUUUGAGGUAUAAUUUAUAAUAAAAAUUUAUUCGAGUUAUAAUUUAUAAGAGUACUCAUAAAAAAUAUUCCAAAAAUUGUUUGAUAUAUACGUAUUCAAGAUCAAUAAAAUAAAGGAAAAGAAAACUUGGUUAUUUAUCAAUUUUUAUUCAAUAUCUUAAGAUACAAAUACGGCUCUGUGAUUGAUUGAUGAUCCUCUUAAAAUUGUACUCAAGAUGAUUUUAAAUAUAAAAACCGACUAUUGACCUAAAGCCGGUUUUCUCAUUGAGUAUACCCAAGGACUAAAAUUUUAUAAAAAUUGUAAAUUUUUUAAACUAAAAUGAUACUGCUUAAUCAUUACUUUAUGUUCCAAGUACACUGUAAGGUCAUUGGAAUAAGUGGAAAGUCCCGAGAUGGUUCACUGUUCUUUUUAUGCCCGUGACAUGUAGCGAUAUAAUGAAUCUCGAGUAGAAUCCAAAUUACUUGCUUCUGUACGUGAAUGACUAGAUAUACGACCAGGAAAACGUGAUUGUGCGGUAAGCUUAAACACGGAUCGGAUGUGACUCUUCUGCGAGAUUAUCGUGAGAUAUGCAAAUUUGCUACGUGAAUGAAAAUAAAAUCGCGGUGUAACCGCAAACAAGGAAAGUGAAUCCGGUCGAUUCCAUCGCUUUUCUUGUCUGGGAGGGAAGCAAGAGAGAACGCGAGACCUUGAGAAACUCGCUACCGCCCUCGAGCCUUCGUCUACCGGACACUGGCACUGAACGAAGGCGAAGUCAAGAAAGGCUUGGAUGCGAUCAGCCAGGUACAACAGGGAUAAAACCAUCGUCGAUAGGAUAUCUACAUUCAGUCCGUUCCGACAGUCCCUACGACAUGCAACAAGAUUUGUCCAAGUGUCUUUGCCAAUUAUAAUUACUAGUUUUUUAGUGUGUGCAUUUUAUUUCUCGAACAGGAAGUGCAUUUCCCGUAUAUAUAUAUAUAUAUUUGUGCCGUUGUAUUUUCCAAAUAGGUUUUUCAAAACAUUUAUUGCAAUUUGUUGCAAUUUUAAGUUGUCAAAAAUGACCACAAAAUUGAUACCCGAAUGGUUUGCCAAUAAAAAUGUCCUCAUCACUGGAGGGACUGGAUUCAUGGGAAAAGUUCUAAUCUCCAAAUUGCUAUUAAGUUGUCCUGAUAUUGGAAAUAUCUUUUUAAUAAUAAGAAAAAAGAAGGGUUAUGAUUCGCAUUCAAGACUGCAGCUCACAUUACAGCAAGAGCCAUUUAGGAUUCUCAGAGAACGGCAUCCGGAACGACUGAAGAAAGUGAUAGUUAUACACGGCGAUAUAACUAUCGAAGAACUCGCUUUAUCCGCCGAGGAUAAGGAACGCCUUAUAAGUAAAGUUUCUGUCGUCUUUCAUAUGGCCGCUAAUGUCAGGUUCGACUUGCCAUUGAAAACUGCGAUCAAGUCGAACACCAUGAGUACUGUAAACAUUAUAACGUUAGCAAAGCAGCUGCCUCUACUCGAGUCAUUUAUUCAUAUUUCAACGUCUUUUUGCCAAUGUGGCGAGUCGGUAUUGGAGGAACGACCAUAUCAAACUAUCAUCUCACCAGAAAACAUCAUCCACUUGGUCAACACGAUGACAGAUGAUGCCUUGGAGGCAAUGAAAUCAAAAUUAUUGGGCGAUCAACCGAACACGUACGCCUACAGUAAGGCACUCAGCGAGGAAAUCGUGUCGAGAUGCGGACUACCCGUAGGAAUCGUACGUCCAUCGAUAGUGACCGCGUCUCAUAAAGAGCCUGUGCCCGGCUGGGUAGAUAAUAUGCACGGCCCGACUGGAUUAGUGAUCGGCGCGGGCAAAGGGGUGAUACGAUCCAUGCUUUGCAACGCGGAUUAUCUCACUGAUCUGAUACCCUGCGAUAUGGCCGUAAACGCGACGAUCGUUUUGGCUUGGCAAGUAGGAACGGAGAAGUCUACCAAGCCGAGAUUCCUAAACGCUACGGCAAACCAGGAGAACCCAAUUUCUUGGGGUGACGCCCUAGAGAUCGGAAAGAAACAUUUUUUCGAGAACCCCUUCUCGCAACCGCUCUGGUAUCCCGGUGGAAGACUGACCUCCUCUAAAGUUUUACACUGGCUUGUCGUCAUAUUUUUGCAAACCAUACCCGCCUAUGUAUUAGACAUUCUACUCAUUGUCACCGGAAAUAAGCCCUUCUUGGUACGAGUACAAAAUAGAGUAAGCUCCGGAUUAGAAUUGCUUCAAUAUUACACCAUGAAGCAGUGGAUCUUCCGUAACGACAACUUGCGCGAAUUGCAGCACCGAUUAUGUCCCGCUGAUAAAGAAACAUUUUUCAUGGACACAAAGCUUAUCAAUUGGAAUGAAUAUUUGUUAGCGUACGUCUUGGGUACGAGGCAAUAUUGCCUAAAGGACGAUCCUUCGACACUGCCACGAGCGAGACGGGUUUUUAGAUACUUGUUCUUCGCCGAUUGUCUGUUGAAAUUAGUAUUUGGAAUUUUCCUUAUUUGGAUAAUGUACACUUGGAUUUCCGCUAAGCCCAUUAUAGCGAUGCUAGUCCAGUCUACUGAAGUAUAGAAUAUAAAACUUGCUUAACCCUUUGCAGAUCUACAGACUUAAUAAUGCAUAGCGUAUUGCGUAAUUUUUAAAAAGCAUAUUCGAAUCUAUAUUAUAUUUUAUAAUUUAUAAUUAAAUUAUAUUUGUGGGAACUUCAUAAAUUCUUUUGAGUAAUUAUUUUGAGUAACUAUUUGAGUAAAUAUUUUUUGAUGAAUCGAUCAGAUGAAAUUAAGAACGAUUUACUUGAUCUUCGCCUAUUUGCCAGAAAUAAUUCCCGCAAAGAACCAAGAGUAAUUAUACUUGAUAUGUAUAAUUAAACAUAGUUGAAACAUCGUUGAAAAUCGAUUUUUGUAUAUUUUAAUUGCUAAUUAGAUAACUCCAACAAAAAAAUUCGUAUGUCUCAUUAUUUAUAAGAAUCUUUCAUAUUUUAAAUAUAUGAAAUUUAAAUAUACUAAUAUAUAAAUUUGUAAAAAAAAUAUCUUAUACAUCUUUUUCAGAUUUUGUAAAUUUUAUUCGAAAAUUGUAAAAUGAGAAAUCUUAGAAUACUUCAAAAUUCACAAGGAAUUUUAGAAAAGAUGCAAACUUUUUCACUAUUUCUAAAAAAUGUUUCAAUUUAUAAAAAAAUUUGUUCAAAAAACGAUCAAAAAUUAAUAUGUAUCAUAUGUAGAAAACAACCUUCUUUUUGAUUCAAAAUAAAAUUUUGUUCUAAAAUCACUGUAAACUUUUUAGUAAACAUUAUUUCGAAGAAUUAUCCAUAGAGCUAUAUAUAAUUUCUUUCCUGCACGGGAGCAGGAAAGAACCUUUUUUGUGGCUCCAAAGGUAUAUGCUCUCUUAAUAUUCUGCGUCUGACUUUACCUUGUGUUGAUAAUAUGAUGUAUUUUAUAAUGAAUUGUAUAUAAAUUUCGAGACUUAACGUGUUGUAACGUUGUUGAUUGCACAUUUCAUGUAUAAUUUUCCCCAAAAAACGUGCCAAUAUUUAAAAACUUUAUUAUUCCUUAUAUACUGCAAUAUUAAUAAUAAUAAUAAUAAUAAUAAUAAUAAUAAUAAUAAUAAUAAUAGUAAUAAUAAUAAUAAUAAUAAUAAUGAAAUCAAAUACUCGCAAUAAUAUACAUAGAAUAUCAAAUUAGAAAAUCAGAUUAGAAGAUCUUAAGGACUAAAAAAUAAUGUACUUUGAUAUUAAUUUUAAUAAUUUUUUGCAUUUUAAAAUAUUAGAAAAAAAACCAAAUUUUGUGUGUGCAAUAAAUUUUGUGUGUGUGUGUGUGUACAUAUAUAUGUGUUUUUGAUUAUAUGUCACUUUAAAGAAGAAAGUUAAAACAAGAAAAAGGUUUACAUGUAAAUAAACUAAUGUUUAUCGAGUAUAUGAUAAGUAUAGAUAUAAUUUAUUUUUUAAUAAUUAUCGUUAAAACUAUUUUAUCGUAAUAUCCCAUGCACAAUAAAAAAACAUUAAAUGUUAGGAGUAGAAAUUCGAAUUUAAAACCAGUUUCCUCAAUAAAUAUUAAACGCACGAUGAAUACAAAUAGAAUGUGAGGCAUAAAUCAUGCAAGAUACAACAUAAAGAAUUAUUUAUAUAAAAUGUUUAAUAAGAAAAUUGAUUCUAAAAUUCUAAUUUCUAUUCUUAAUAUCUAAUAUUUCUCUAUUGUAUACAGGGCAUUAUAAGAUAAAACUAAGUUGUAACAGGUAAUAAUAUAACGAAGAUUUAACGAGCCUUAUAGCUCCAUUAAAUACUUUCUCUGAGUUGAAGUAAGCAUUAAAGGCAAACAUGCGUUUUACAUGCAAACGUACGUGUGUUUCAUUACUACUUCAAUCGGAAUAUAAACUUCUUUUAUGAAUUUAAACGAGAACUUUACAUUAUUUUAUAUUAUAGCUACUAUGUAAAAUGUUUUAUAUAUUGGAUAUUUUGUAUUUUCUUAAGUUUUUCGUUUUUUAAUAUACUGAUGCUGACAAUAACAACUUUUUGAUAUUUGCUCUGCUAACUAAAUAAAAUAUUAAAUAAAGUAAGAAAAAAUAUUCUGUCAAAAUAA